ACCUUUCUUUUUCUUGUAGCAAGUACUUCCCAAGAGAGCUUCAACUUGGUUUCUGGUGAAAUGGGUAGCCUUGAAUCCAUCGUUAAUCUAGAAAACAAUUCUUCCGACAUUGUUAACCCUCUGAAUCCUGAUGAAUUUAGGAGGCAAGGCCACAUAAUCAUAGAUUUCUUAGCUGACUAUUACCAAAACAUUGAGAAAUACCCGGUUUUAAGUCAGGUUGAACCAGGCUACCUUCGGAAACUCUUGCCAAUGUCCGCCCCAUAUAUUGCUGAACCCGUUGAAGCAAUCCUUCAAGAUGUUGAGAAACAUAUAAUCCCUGGUAUAACGCACUGGCAAAGUCCUAACUAUUUUGCAUACUUCCCAUCAAGUGGCAGCGUUGCUGGCUUCCUUGGGGAGGUGCUUAGCACCGGUUUCAAUGUGGUGGGAUUCAAUUGGAUAUCAUCACCAGCUGCGACGGAGCUUGAAUCCAUAGUCAUGGAUUGGCUUGGUCAAAUGCUUGAGCUUCCUCAAAGGUUCCUUUUCACUGGAAAUGGAGGGGGUGUGAUACAGGGAACUACUUGUGAGGCCAUGUUGUGUACACUAACAGCAGCAAGAGAUCAAAUGUUGAGCAAAAUUGGGAGGGAGAAUAUUGGGAAAUUAGUUGUCUAUGGGUCGGACCAAACACAUAGCGCUGUAGCAAAGGCAGCUAAAAUUGUGGGUAUCGACCCUAAAAAUUUUCGGGCGAUCAAGACAAACAAAUCAACAUCAUUUGGUCUGUCACCAGAAUCAUUACGAAUUGCAAUAACUAAGGAUGUCAAAACAGGACUGAUCCCACUAUAUCUAUGUGCCACAGUGGGGACAACAUCGACCACUGCUGUUGAUCCAUUAAGGCCGCUGUGUGAUGUGGCAAAAGAAUAUGGAGUGUGGGUUCAUGUCGAUGCUGCUUAUGCAGGAAGUGCCUGUAUUUGCCCUGAGUUUCGACAUUUUAUCAAUGGUGUGGAAGGUGCAAACUCUUUUAGUCUUAAUGCUCAUAAAUGGUUCUUCACCACUUUGGAUUGCUGUUGUCUUUGGGUGAAGGAUCCAAGCACUCUUACAAAAUCUCUCUCAACAAACCCGGAAUACCUGAAAAAUAAAGCAAGUGAUUCAAAGCAAGUGGUAGACUACAAAGAUUGGCAGGUAACUCUUAGCAGAAGGUUUCGAGCUAUGAAACUUUGGCUUGUGCUUAGAAGUUACGGUGUGGCCAAUCUUAGAAACUUUCUGAGAAGCCACGUUAAAAUGGCAAAACGUUUCGAAGAGCUCCUGGCUAGCGACAACAGGUUUGAGGUGGUAGUACCCAGGUAUUUUGCUACGGUCUGUUUCAGGGUUUUGCCAUCCGCUCUGUGUAAAAUUCAGAAUGAACCUUGCGGUAAAGCUGAUCAUCAUGUCCAUCAGAAGCAUGCAAACGAGUUUAACAGAAAAUUGUUAGAGUCAAUCAACGCAUCGGGGCAUAUGUACAUGACUCAUGCUCAGGUUGAGGGAAUUUAUAUGAUAAGAUUUGCCGUCGGCGCCACUCUUACAGAGGAUAAACAUGUUACCAAGGCUUGGGAGGUGGUGCGAGAGAUGGUGGAUACCAUGCUUAAGCUCCAUCCACAGUAAUUAUUACUAUGCAUAUAUAUGUAUAUAGACAGAAAUUGAUCCUGUCUUUCUCCAGUACGAGCUGUUUUACUUUCUCUUGUAAUUUUCCUUCUACU